UUCACAAAGACCUAAAUGCGAGUCAUGAUACGUUUCUUGUGACUGCUGUUGAAAUCAGGCUUUGUUUGGGUGUUUGUUAAUUCAAUUGCGAGACUGGAUUUAAUUUAUUUCGAUUAAUUAUUUCUUCACAACGUUCUCAUCUUCGUUAUGAAUCAAAUUCCUUUGCUUGUUUCACCUUUACAGUGACCAAGCCCUUUAUUUGUUUGUUUAUUUGUUUAUUUUGUUUCUGUUUCUUCUUGUGGAUAUUGUUACUAUCAUUUUAACUCACCAUAAUUAUAAUAAACUUAUUUAUCAUCAUCGCCAGUUUCACUUCAAGCGUUAUCAGCUUUCUUAGUUGACACUUUAAAUAAUUGUUUAGUUUUUUCUUUUUUUUGGUUGCUUCUUCUCUGUGUACAUAUGUGUGUCUGUGGAUAUACGUUUUUUUGAAUCAGGUGAACCAUUGAACCAGGUCUAUAAAACACUAAAAGAUAACAUCCCUUCGCAAUCAAAAUCUACUCAUAAUGAUUAAUGUUCGAGGUCUUCAACGUAAUGUUAAAAAUGUUGUUAAAAACUAUACCGAGCCACAGGUCAAAGUACGAGAAGCCACUUCAAAUGAUCCUUGGGGCCCAUCGUCAACUCUAAUGAGUGAAAUAGCAGAUUUAACCUACAAUGUUGUCGCUUUUUCAGAAAUCAUGCAAAUGAUCUGGAAAAGAUUGAAUGACCACGGUAAAAAUUGGAGACAUGUGUACAAAGCUUUAGUACUUUUAGAGUAUCUUAUUAAAACUGGAUCCGAGAAAGUGGCUCAACAGUGUCGAGAAAAUAUAUUUGCUAUUCAAACCCUCAAAGAUUUCCAAUACCUUGAAGAUAAUAAAGAUCAAGGAAUGAAUGUAAGAGAGAAAAGUAAAGCAUUGGUGGCCUUGUUGAAAGACGAAGAGAAACUUAAAACGGAACGAAUUCGUGCUCUUAAAGCGAAAGAAAGAUUUGCUCAGUCAGCUUCACUGAUGAACAACUCAACUGGUAUUGAAGCCAUUCCUAAAUCUUCAGCCAGUUACCACGAAUCUUUAGGAUCUGCUUCAGCUUUGGAUAGCGCCAAGCCUCUUAACUUGGAUUUGGAAAGUGCCAGACCUCAGACCAAAGGUGAAGAGGAGCUUCAAUUGCAAUUAGCUUUGGCAAUGAGUAAAGAGGAGGCCGAACAAGAAGAGAGAUUAAGAAAGAACGAUGAGAUUCGGUUUCAGUUAGCUCUCAAUGAGAGUCAGAAAGAGAAACCUCUCAAGAAAACUGCUAUGGAUGAUCUCCUGAACAUCAGUGUCAAUUCCAAUGCUUUGCAUAAUUCGUCCACUAAUGUUGAUCCAUGGUCUGUUGCUGGAGACGCUAUGGGAGCUGCUGCAUUCCCAGUGCCUCCACCUCCUCCUUUACCCUCUCAAUCUCUGGGGACAGCAAGUAACUCUAAUAACACUCAAGCAUUGGCAUCAAAUGACCCAUGGUCUGUUAGUCCAGUAAACAAUGCUACAAUCAAUUCUGACCCUUGGAAUAGUUCAUCUGGUCGAGCCUCAGCUAGCAAUGACCCUUGGCAACCUAGUCCGCCUGCUUUAACACCCCAAUCAACAGAUCCCUGGUCAUCUCAAACUGGUGAAGAUGCAUUAUCUGAAAAUCCAGUUAAAGACACCAUCUCAUCAAGUACCAGUUUCGACUCUGCAAUUGCGUCAAACACCCAAACUAGAAAAACUCCUGAAAGUUUUCUUGGUCCCAACUCUAAUUUAGUUAAUUUGGAUGCUCUUGUGAGCAGUAAAACCACAGGAGGCUUACCAGUUGGAGGAAAUCCUUUUGCUACUGUACCAGUUUGUAAUCCUUUCCAAGCCGCAAAACCACCCCCACCGACUAUCAAUCAACUUCGAUCCCAAAAUGUGUUUCCAUUGGUAAAUGAUACAAUUGUCAAUCCAUUAAUCGGUUCUGUCUUACCGUCUACAGUAACACCAGUUAUGCCAGUUAAUAUACCAAAUCAUCCUAUAUCAAGCCAACCAAUGGUGCCCUUGAGCUCUCCAUCCUCAAGCCAUAAUCCAUUUGCAAUGUAAUAUUAUGAGCUUGAUGAAAAUGGAAUAUAAAUCUCAAAAAGAAACAAAUAGUAAAGAUAUUCUACAAAUAAGUGAAAAGAGAAAUAACACCUAUUAAGCAAAUCAAAUCAGGAAUAGUGUCUUCAUUUUUUUGGAAUCUGGUGAUGACCCUUUGUAAAAUGCAUAUACAUAUUUACAUACAAAUACGAAAAAAACGAGACUAAGCUAAAAAUACGGGCACAUUGUCCCUAAUAUCAUUUAAAAAGUCCUUCCCCACCAAUUAAUUUACAACCACCGCUUCUACAUCUACCAUCAAAAUCAACAUUCAUCAUUAUUUCACUUUGAUUUCAACCGCAUCAAUGAUAAUCAACAUGCAUUCACCUUCUCUUGCACACAAAAACACCGGAUAUAUGUUACUACCCGCUCUAUCUCUAUUUCUUUCUAUCCUUUCCUUUAUUAUUCUAUCUCCUCACCUUGAUCUUUUUUUCUUUCUUUUUCAUUCCAGUUGGCUUUUUGAAAAAAAAACCUAGGCAGUUUGAUCUGAAUAAAUUUUAAAUUAUUGAAAAUGCAGGUUUAAAUUCAAGUUUGAUGGUUAAAGUGAAAAGUGUAAAAAUUUUGUGCAAACAUAAAUUGAUCAAGAAGUAAAAAGGCUGUUAUGCUUUGACUAUCAAGACAAGUGCGAAUCAUGCUCGAUGUUUCAACAACCUCUUGACCAGUUGAUCCAUUAUUGGAUUUUUCGUCUUUUCCAAGCAAUUUUUACUACAUCUUCCUAUCAUCUUUCUGAUCAACACAACAUGCGUUAACAGUAACAAGAAAAAUCCCCAUUCACUCAUUUCAAGAUUAAUUGUUUAUCUACAAGAUCACACACAAAAAUAUGGAUCAGAGUCGCCAUUUUUUGAACGUUUCAAAGGCCAACAAUAGAAAAUUUUGAUCAAUGAAUUUUGGAUUCCAUGGUGGAACCAUUUUGUACAAGUCGAGCCAAUCGUCUCUUUCUCUCUUCUAUACCUAUUUCUAACUCACUUACCUAUCUUUUUUACCUCCCUCUCGCUUUCGUUUCAUUUUAAUUUAAUUGAAGGUAGAGAUGAAAUGGUUUUUUGGUUCAAUCAAAUUUUGGCUCAGCCAGUUGAUUGGGAAAGAGUCAAUUAUGGCUUCAAAUCGGUUUUAAUGUGGGAUCUGCUCAGAACGAUAUACCUUGAAUCUUAAUCAUCAUCAAUUAAUCAACUAUUUGUGUCCUGCUGCAAGACCAUUCUAUCAGGUGAUUGGGUCUGUCAAAGAUUGAUAUUGAUUGAAUCAUUCAUUCAACACCAUUCAUAAAAUACAAACUGUCGCCAUGAAAAAAGCAUGCAAAGUUAUGAAUCGUUUCGAUUGUUAAACAGAGAAAACAUAAACAAAUUAAAUGUUUCAUCUUUCAUAAUGAUUA